CUAUAUAGAGUUCACUUGGCUGGUACUAAACAUAUAAAGGCAGGCGUUAGUGUAGAGGCCACGUCUGUCCAGUGGAGGGUGUGCCAUGGGUCCCUGGAAGGUUGUGUGCCUUGCUCUUGCCUUCUGCCUGGGGGCAGUGAGGUCUGCAAAGCUGGGCAUCGUGAGCACAGAAGGAGGCUUCAUUGAAGGGGUUAAUAAGAAGCUGGGCCUCUUUGGGGACUAUGUGGAUAUCUUCAAGGGGAUCCCUUUUGCUGCCCCUCCAAACACUCUCGAAGACCCCCAGCCGCACCCUGGCUGGCCAGGCACCCUGCAGGCCAAGGAGUAUAGGAAUCGUUGCAUGCAGACCACACUAACCCAGACGGACACGCGGGGCAGUGAAGAUUGUCUGUACCUGAAUAUCUGGGUCCCUCAAGGGAAAAAGCAAGUUUCCACCAACUUGCCUGUGAUGGUCUGGAUCUAUGGGGGCGCCUUUCUGUGGGGAGGUGGACAGGGCGCUAACUUCCUGAACAACUACCUCUAUGACGGGGAGGAGAUUGCCACGCGGGGGAAAGUCAUUGUGGUGACCUUGAACUACCGCCUGGGACCCCUCGGAUUCCUCAGCACCGGAGAUGAUAGCCUGCCAGGAAACUAUGGGCUGAAAGACCAGCACAUGGCCAUUGCCUGGGUGAAGAGAAACAUCAGAGCUUUUGGAGGCGAUCCCGAGAACAUCACCAUCUUUGGGGAGUCAGCUGGGGCUGUCAGCGUCUCCUUACAGACACUCUCUCCCUACAACAAAGGCUUGAUCAAACGGGCCAUCAGCCAGAGCGGAGUCGGCCUCUGCACCUGGGCCAUUCAGAAGAACCCUCUCUUCUGGGCAACCAAGGUGGGGCAGAAGGUGGGCUGCCCGACACACAACACCACGGCCCUGGCAAACUGCCUGCGGAUCACAGACCCCAAAGCUCUGACGAUGGGCUACCAUUUGGAUGUGCUCAACCUGCAGUAUCCCCUCGUGCACUACCUGGCCUUCUCUCCAGUGAUUGACGGAGAUUUCCUCCCCGAUGACCCUGACAAACUCUUUGGCAACGCCGCGGACAUCGACUACAUUGCUGGAGUGAACAACAUGGACGGGCACUUCUUUGCUUCGAUUGACAUGCCAGCCCUUAACCGCCCCCUGGUGAAGAUCACAGCGGACGAGGUGUAUCGCGUGGCCCAGGGGCUGACUGUGGAGAAGGGCGUGCAGGGGGCAAAUGCAACCUUCUCACUCUACACCCAGGUGUGGAGUGACGGCGUGACCCAGGAAGUCAUGAAGAGGACUGUGGUGGAUCUGGAGACUGACUACAUAUUCCUGGUGCCCACCCAGCAGGCCCUCCAACUCCAUUACCAAAACGCCAAGAGUGGCAAGACGUACAGCUACCUCUUCUCUCAGCUGUCUCGAAUGCCAGUCUAUCCUAGUUGGGUAGGGGCGGACCAUGCUGACGAUCUGCAGUAUGUCUUUGGGAAGCCCUUUGCCACACCACUGGGCUAUCGGCCUCAGCACAGAACGGUUUCCAAGGCCAUGAUUGCUUAUUGGACCAACUUUGCCAGAACAGGUGACCCUAACAAAGGAGAAUCCACUGUGCCUAUUGGCUGGGUCCCGUAUGAUACUCAGAAUGGUCAUUACCUAGAAAUCAACAAGGACAUCAAUUAUGAUUCUGUGAAGCAGGGCCUGAGAGCACCUUAUGUGCAGUUCUGGAAUGUUGCCUACCGAAAUCUUCCAAACACUGUGGCCUCCAUAGAGCUGGAGUAGAACUAGUAGUCUAAAACAUUAAAGUUGAGCUUGCUGCCACCA